CGCAUACACUUCUUCAGUUUCUUGAGCACUCGUUCCACUGCUCAUACGACCAUUCGUUCAAUCGGACAAGGCUGUGGAGCUCUCCACGCGAAAUCCCAUCCAGCGCAUGUGUUGCGACCAGCAAAACCUUUCGCGAUAGAGGACAACGAGCUCGUCAUAUCUUGUGUCGCUCAAGAUGCCUCCCUUUCGCGAUGACCAGAUCUUCAUCAUAUCACCCGGGUCGCAAACCACUCUAGCCCAACUCGGCCUUCCCGAAUCAUUCACACCCGCGCGAUUUCGUUUACGAUCGCGCAUGUUUGCGGCAGAGCUGCCAGGGAAAUACGAGCCAGUCAAGAUACGGAGGAAGGAAAAGAAGACGGAUACCCAGAAUGGAGCGCCCGCGACGAACGGUAAUGGUACAGAGGAAGAGCCCGAGUGGGAGGAGGAUCGCAAAUCAGAGGAGGGAGCGAUAUGGCCGAUACAACACGGCAGCAUCAUGGACUGGCCAUGCUUCUACGCGUUGAUGGAGCACGUGUACAAUACUGUCAACCCGCCGUUCCACACGCCGAUUCUGAUCAUAUCGCAACCGGUCUGGACGCACAAGGAGUAUGAAAAGGUGGCUCAAUUCUUCUUCGAGAAGUUCAAGACACCUGCGUUAGCGAUGAUGGACUCGGCGGUGGCUACAACAUACGCCUACGGAAUACCUACUGCGACCGUGGUAGACGUAGGCUUAAACAAGGCGGACGUCAGCUGUAUUGUGGACUUCAUGUUGCAGGAUUCGACGCGAGCAUUGGCAGUUCCUGAUUGCGGCGGAGAGGCAAUGACACAGAGGCUUGCAGAACUUUUAAAGGGCAGGAAGGGUUUCACAAGGGAGGUUUGCGAACAGCUGAAACGGAGUCCGAUCUGCGAGAUUCUUCCGCUGGACGCUGAGCUGCCGGUGAAGGAUCUGGACCCGAACACUGCUGGCAAUCCAGCUGCAGCGGCCUCGACAGGCGCGGAUGGCGCGGCACCUGGCCAAAGCAAACCCUCGAUAGCCGGCGAUCUCCCGCGUGGACCAGGACCCGGGACAGAAGUGGGCGAAGCGCAGAGUUUGGAGACUGAGGACGGUGUGCUCGACAUUGCCAGUAUUGUCACAGGAGGGAACAUGCAGGAAUACUUGGCGCAGAAAGAGCGUGAAAAGGCGGACAGAGCUGCAGCAAAAGGUCAGAAGAAGGCGACGGAUACCCAGCAACAAGCCAACAAGCCUGUGAAAGUCCUCAACUCGAAAAGAGCUCGCAAUACUUUUAUCUACGAGGACUUUGCUCUGCACGAUGCGAUGAAGACUGCGGGCAUGACUGCGCAAGGAAUGGCCGACAUGCAAUCUUCACUGGACGACGGCCCGAAUAAGGAGCUGCAACCUGCAGUGGCAGAUAAGCCAGUUGACAGUGGUCUUGCGGACGAUCCGACCGACACGUCCCCGACAGGUGGAUUCCGAAGAGAGGUUGAGGUCGGACUCGAACGCUUCCAGGCUGCAUCAGGCGGUGUCCUCGACAGACUCGCGGAUGCCAUCCACAGGACAGUCCUCUCAUGUGGCGAAAUUGGCAAGCGUAGCGAGCUGUGGGACUCACUCAUCAUCCUCGGGAACGGCUCCAAAGUUCGCGGUUUCAAAGAGGCAUUGGUGGCCACGCUCCAGUCGAAAUACAUCAUCUCACCUUCAUCAGCGACGAUCUUCACCUCGGAGCUGCCCUCGAACAUCUCCACACCCAUGGCAACGGGCGCGAACACACCUCUCCAACAGAUGCCCGGUCUGCAGCAACAUCCCAGUGCCGGCGUGAACCCGCUACUGCAUGCCGCGCUGACCCAGCAAAACCCACAAAUGCAUUCUUCCGGCUAUGGUCAGACACCGCCGAUUCAUUUUGCUUCGAGCCAUUCGCAUGGGCAGACGCCGACAAGCAUCAAAGUCGCAAAGAUCCCGGAGUACUUUCCGGAGUGGAAAGAGGCUGGAUAUGACGAGGCGACCUUUUUGGGAGCGCAAGUCGCAGGCAAGCUGCUGUUCAUCCAGGAUGGAGGCGCGAGUAAAGGAUACAUGACGAGGACGGACUACAACGAGCAAGGACCGCAGGGAAUUCACGAUGUGAGGUUGUAGAGAUGAAGGUUCAUUGUUGAGACUUUUGUAGAAGUACCUUACUUCUACAAGAACCAGACUCUAUAUGG